AUGGCUGACGUCCGUGCCCACGAUGGGAGCCUCAACCAGGCUGCUCGCCCGCUCCUCGACCCACACUCGCCCAUGCUGGAGCAGGACGACGAUGGCUGGCUCCAUGCACCGUCGCCAGCUCAGCACCCGCCGUCACCGUCGCGCCACGCCCGCUCCACCCCGCGCCUCGCGUCCUCACAGAGCACUGCUGCUCCGGAGAACAACAGCCUAGGCAACGAGGUCGCCCGCCUUCGUAGCGAGCACGCCGCCAUGCUCCUUCGAAUGGAGGCGCUCGCUGCGCAGGUCGCUGAUGCCUCGCCGCGCCCGCGGGAAACAACCGACGACUCGCCGGCCGCCCGUGGCAUCGACGUCCACACCGCCGACGUUGAGGCCCUCGUCGCCAUUGUCGAGCAGCAGCAAAUGCUCAUCGAAAAGCUGCGUGCUGAGCUUGCCGCCGCCCGCGCGCCGCAACGCGCCUGGCUCCAGCAGCAGGAGCUGCAGCGCGCCACUGCCUUCCACGUCUCGCUCCACCACGACUCGCUGCCCUCGCAGGGGCUGACCUCGCCGCCCAUUGCGCCGUCACUGCGGCCGUCACCGCUCCGUGCCCCGCACUCGGCGCCGCGGGUCCCUGAGCCGUCAUCGCUCGGCUCCUCUGUCAGCUUUACCCCCGCGCUGGGCACCGGCCUCCGCGCCGCCCCGUUCUCGCCCAUGCGCCAUGCGUCGUCGUCGCGCCGCGGCCCCACCACACGCCCGCAUGCCAUGCGCUCCCCGGUUGCGUCGCCCACAUCGUCUGCCCGUCACGACGAGCCUGUUCGCGACCGCCACCGCCACCGCGACCGCCGCCGUACCCGCCGCUCGAGCUUGUCGCCGAGCCGCCCACUCCCGCCCGACCCACAGCCGGCCUCUCAGCCCGCAGCCCGCCCGACAGCACCGCAGCAGGGUGGCGGUCGUGCCCCGCCGUCGGCAGCCUCACCGCAGCGCCGCCGCUCCAAGAAAAAGGUCCGUGUCCGCAUCCGCGAGCGCUCGGCCUCGCCGGUCUCGUCCGACCGCGGUGUCUCCACCAGCCUCAACGUCAUGGGUUGA